ACGGGUUAAUCCAAAAAGAAGGUACGACAUUUGUAAAUAUUUAUGCACACAACAUGGGAGCACCUAAAUAUAUAAAGCAAAUAUUAACAGACCUAAAGGGAGAAAUAGCACUACAAUAAUAGUGGAUUAAAAUAGGGGAUUUUAAUACACCCCACUUACAUCAGUGGGUAGAUCAUCCAGACACAAAAUCAAUAAGGAAACAUUGCCUUAAAUGACACAUUAGAACAGAUGGAUUUAACAGCUAUAUUCAGAACACACACACAAAAUAGACAGUCUUGAGACCGUGUUAGUCACAGAAAAGCCCUAAUGAAUUGUCCCCUCUCGCUAGUGAAUUCACAUUUCUAAUGAUCUGCUUCUAAUGAUCUAUUCUCCAAGUUCUCUAUGAAUUUGGGGAGGUAUUGCUGGAGAAAUACAAGUUCUUGUCUCCUCUGUUAUAACUCCAUAAGGAUUAUCCUUAUAUUUCUUGAAUCUAUCCUUUCAACAUUAUUUGUCCUCAUUUCAGUGAAUUCCACACAUAUUAUAGUUUCCAAGCUGUUCAUUUUUCAUUGUCUGUGUGUCCAUCUGCCAUGUGUUGUUGAUUCGCAGUGUAGGGUAGGCUGGCUGCUUCCUAUUACAAUAUAGAGAGGACCUAAUUCUCUGCAGUCACCAUGUCCCAGCCACAUGUGUAGGAUGGUAUUAGUCCUGGGGAAGGCUUCUGUGCACUGCUCUUCCUACCCAGGUUCUUAGAUUUGGGAGCUUGCCCUCUUUGGCCUUCCUUCAUCUCCUUUCUUCUUUUGAAUUUACUUCUGGUUCUUUCAGAUUCUAGUGUUUGUGCCCUGAUUACUGUUCAUAGUUGUUUUGUAGGACAAGACAGCAAGGUUCAGUAUGAAUUUUUAGCUUCCUUUUGGGAAGAGCACAAGACCAAAGACAAACCUAAAUGUGGAUAUAUAAUGGGACUUUUAGAUUUUAGAACAAGGAAAACAGUGAGGAUAGAGUUUGAGGCAAUUAAUUCUUUUUAAUGAAUGUUUGUUGUCUUUUCUUUUUCUAGGAUUUUCACUGGCUGACCCGCUCUAAUAUAUAAAUAAAGAUGCCAGCGUUUGGUCUUGAGGAGUUUCUCUUUCUUGACACUUCCCUAGGCAAUGGGGAAGCGGUGCAUUCCUAUGAAGAAGUGCCGUAUGACUGAAACAAAUGAACUUAGAGUGAUUAGGAUAGCAUUUCAAAUGAAUGUAUUAAGAAAGUUGGAAACGAGUUAAAUUCCAGUUGGGAAAUAUGACCGAGAAACCCUGAUAAAACGGACUCUGCUGACUGAAAAGUGAAAGGUUACAGAAGAAGUCUGAAUCAUCUGUUGAUUUCUGGUUGCAUUUGCUGCUGCUAAUCUGAAUAAUGGAGUAAUGUAGAUAAAGGAAAUUGAAGAUCCUAUUAAUUCCUCCCAUGGAUAAGGAGGGGCAAAAGAUGACAAGAAAAUCUCCCUUCAGGAGUUACUGAGGCGGCAGGGUUUGAAUGUCUUCCCCGAAGGAUUGUAAAGUCGGAAAAGAACCCCCAGCCUUUCCAAGUUGGUCCUUGUGCUUAUGGACACCUGCAAUAAAAGGUGGUUCAAGGCCAACUCAGUGCAAAUCUCUUCCCUGAAAGUGAGGCUGAUCGAGUUCCCUGUCCUGGAGAUGGAAAUGCAGGCUCAAUGCCUGGCCCUUCCCGGCCUGGAUCAGAAGAAGCGUGGCGGCCACAGAGGAUGCUGCCUCCUGACGCCCCCUCCACCCCCACUGUUCCCACCACCAUUCUUCAGAGGGGGCCGAGGUCUGCUUCUCUCCCCAGACAUGAAGAAUCUCAUCCUGGAACUAGAGACCACGCAGUCCUCAUGCGCACAAGGAUCGCUCGGCUCCCCUGGGCCCCCUGGCCCCCAGGGCCCACCGGGACUUCCUGGCAAGAUAGGACCAAAGGGAGAAAAGGGGGAGCUUGGCCUACCAGGAAGGAAGGGUAGACCGGGCCCCCCGGGUGUUCCUGGCAUGCCCGGGCCAGUCGGCCCCAAAGGACCCAGGGGUGAAAAAGGUGACCUGGGUAUGAUGGGCUUGCCAGGGUCAAGAGGACCAAUGGGCUCCAAGGGUUACCCUGGAUCCAGAGGGGAAAAGGGAUCCAGAGGUGAAAAGGGUGACCUGGGUCCCAAAGGAGAAAAGGGUUACCCGGGAUUUCCUGGAAUGCUGGGGCAGAAAGGUGAAAUGGGUCCAAAGGGUGAGCCUGGGAUAACAGGACCCAGAGGACCCAGAGGAAGACCAGGAAAACGAGGCAAGCUGGGGCAGAAGGGAGAUAGUGGAGUAACAGGCCCACCAGGCAAGCCUGGGCCUUCUGGUCAACCUGGCCAUCCAGGUCCCCCAGGCCCCCCGGGCCCCCCAUCCGCAGGGACCGAGAGUGUGGUGUGA